CAGACCCAUUUUUUUUUCCACUGGGGAGGAAACUGGAGGGCAGUUCCUGACGGCGAGAAAUCCCUGCUGCCAGAUUGCGAACACAGACUCAAAGUUGCAUGCAAAAAGAGAGACCUCUCUUUUCAGCUAUACAUGUAUAAAGUUGAUUUUACAUUUUGGAAUCAACAUAUUUUUCCCCGUUUUUCCUGAGAUGUCAUUGCACUGGAUGUUUCUAAUGGAUUAUAAAGGCUGAGUCAUAUGUCCCGCCUCAGGACACUGCCAGAGCCCUGACGUUGCUGUAAGCCAAACUCACCCGCUCUUCGGUAUUAUUCUCAGUAAAGACAUAACAUCCCAACAUGGCUGCUGCUGCACUCGUCACAGAGAACUUUAAGUUUGUGUCCCUCUUCUUCAAGAGUAAAGAUGUGAUGAUCUUCAAUGGUCUAAUCGCUCUGGGCACUGUGGCCAGCCAGACUGCGUACAAUGUUUUUGCCUUUAACUGUCCAUGUUCCUCUGGAAGGAACUAUCGCUAUGGCCUGGCUGCCAUUGGUGUUCCAGCGCUGGCAUUUUUCCUCGUAGGAAUAAUGAUGAACAAGAACACCUGGGACCUGGUGUCCGAGUGUCGGCUCAGAAAGUGCCGGAAGCUGUCGGCAGCCACAGCCUUUGCACUGCUGGGAACCAUCAUUGGUCGAGCUGUGGUGGCUCCGCUAACGUGGGUGGUUAUCUCUUUGCUGCAGGGCCAGGCGUACACAUGUGCCCUCAGCGAGUUUGUUGACCCCAGUACGCUGGAGGGCUUCCCCUCAGAUCAGGAGUCAGAGGUCAUGGCGAAAUUCCCAUGUCAAGGAACUGUUCCACUGGAGCUGCAAGGCUUCUGGGCUGAAAUUGAGCGGCGAAUGAAAUAUGAAUCUCAGCUGAUAGGCUGGCUGCUGGUGGCAGGAAUGUCUCUGGCGGUAUUCCUGAUGCUGUGUAUGAAGCGCUGCUCCUCUCCGCUUGGCUACGAGCAGGAGGACUACUGGUCUCAGUACCGCUCUAACGAAAAGACUCUGUUCCGACGCACGGCAGCUGUCCAUGCCCGCCUCCUGGCUGCCGAGAACAUUAAGAGCUUCUUUGGCUUUGUGGCACUGGAGAAGGAAGAGAAGGAGCAACUGGCUGAGUACCAGAGUGCUAGUCCUAUCUGCAACACUAACUGGAACAGAGUGACUGGUGUCUAUCUCUACAGGGAAAAGAAUGGACUGCCUCUCUACAGCCGACUCAACAAAUGGGCCACGUACAGCCUGGAGAAUAACGUGGAGGUCAUGGACAAAGAGAUGGACGUGCUUAGCUGACAGUAUUCUUCUGGAAGGUGGUCCAGAGACUGCGACCAUAAAGGCGUCAGUAUGCUUUAAAUAGAGUGCUUAUUGGAUCAUCAAACAGCAUCUACAAUCCCCUCCCUCCUGACAUUUUUAGUAACUUUCUGAAAGCAGUCUGACAGUUCUUCUUCUUCUUUUCCUUUCGGCUGUUCCCUUUCAGGGGUCGCCACAGCGAAUCAUGUGCCUCCAUCUAACCCUGUCCUCUGCAUCCUCUUCACUCACACCAAUUAACUUCAUGUCCUCU